CUCAGGGAGAAAACACCAGUGUAACUUGACAGACUCUUGCAACUUGGAAAAAAAGGUUGGGAGGCUCAGUAAUCCUUCUCCGCUCCCAGGAUUAUUGAGGAACGAGGUGGAGCCUUGUACUUCUGAGAAAGGAUAUAUAGUUGCUGGCAUUUGCCCACUCUGAGGAAUGAGGAAAUAAAGAAAAACUCCAAAGUGAAGAAUCCUAGAGGAGACAUCUUAAGAGCUGAAAACUACCCCUCCCUAUGUGAAAAACAUGUCAUUUACACUGUUUCUAACAAGUCACAAUUGCUGUAAGAUUGGAAAACAUUGCCUGAAGGUUUCACAGUUGUCUUCACACACUUCUCAUGUUCUGUUCACAAAAAAGUUAAAAUGAAUGUGUUGCCUCAAGCGAUCCUGCAAAUCCCAGGGGAGCAUCCCAAGUUCAUAAAACAGACUGUUGGCCCCUCAUUAGACUUUGCAAGGAUUCAUUUGAUCAAAGACAAAGAUGGCAUAGAUGAUUAUUUGGCGAAGAAUAUCAAAGGGUUGUCAAAACAAGAAGCUGCUGCUAACAGGAAUUUAUACAAGAAGAACAUCUGCAUAGACAUGCUGCGACAGGGUUAUCACAAGUCCUUCUCCGAGCUCUUCACUCUGAUAGAGAAGUGGAAUGCCUUGAGGGAGGCUGCAGGGCCUGGGUCAGCCAUAUGGCAGCAGAAGUCCCUGGAGGAGCAGCCUGAUAAGCUGGAUCAGCUUUACCACUUCCUGACCAGGGCUGAGGCAGCCCAGCGAGCAGGGCACUAUGAGGAGGUGUAUGAUAACCAGCUUAACUUGGCCUACUAUUUCAAUGACCCUGAGGACAAAUGGUUAAGUAAUUACUUUUAUGAGCGAUGCUUUAACACUGCUAAACUAAUAACUACUGAUAUCAAGAAAAGAGAGGCACAAGCACAUGCAAAUAUGGGCCUCAUCAAAGAGGAACAAGGUCAUGUCUUGAAAGCUGCUGAGUAUUAUGAAACAUUUUAUCACCUAACGGAGGGUUCAACGUGGAAGGAUGUGAGAGGCCAUACUUACAAUUCACUGGCAUCUGAGUAUCUCUGGAGAAUUUAUACAUUAUUAGCAGACAAAAUGCUAGAAAAUAAAGAACACCAACAGGCCAUCAAAACACUAAAAAAAGCUUUAAAAAUGGCAAAAAAUGUAGGUGAUAUGAAGAUCCAAGGAGAAGCUACGUAUUGCCUAAGUUUAGCAUAUUAUUUUGCUGGAGAACAACAGAAAGCAUUAUCAACUUUGGACACCUCUGUAAAAAUCUUCACACCACUUUGUGAUUCUGCUGGCCUAAGCAGAGCAUAUGCAGCUAUAGCCAAGAUCCUGGUAAGUCAGGGAAAAGCAGCUGAAACUAAGAAGCACUUGGAAGAGUUUAUGAAGGGUGCUGAGAACGCUCAUCUAAGCCAAAGCCUGGUGGAUGCAUGCGUAUUGCUUGGGAAUAUUUACAAUGAAGGAGGGAACUAUAAUGAAGCUUUUGAAUAUUUCAGUCAGGCUUAUGAGACAGCAAAAACUUUAAAUAAUUUGCCCUUAGUGGAUGAAAUGAAGGCUUACUAUGGCAUUGCAAAGGCUCAUAAACUGAUGGUGCCAUUUAACAGCCAUAUAGAAGCAGAAGAUCUCAUAAACCUCAAGUAUCUGCUGGCAUGGAAGGAGAACAGAAGUGACAUGUGCACUGACCCUCUUACAGUUGAACUUGAUAAAGAAACAAGUGCUUCAGAGCCCUGUGAGCCUCUUCCAGAGACACCAGAUCUAGAUCCUUCGUGAGGACGCCUGCUUACUUACAGAGAAGCCAAUAAUGAGUACAGGAAGAUCCUUGAAGAGUCAUGCAACCAAGUAGGAAUUUUGGUAGGAGUUUUGUCAUUUAAACAGAAGCAGAGUGUUGCAGUAUAAAUAUCUGAGAGCUCUAAGUUCUUUUAUGACUGGUGUGGCUUUAAUGCGCAUUACAUGUUUUUAGUCAAAAAUAGCUGGUGUUAUUGAAAUAAAUACGAAAGAAAAAGAGUAAUAUAGAAUAGAAAGUUUUCAUGUUGUGCCCCUAAUGCUUAUUGCAUUCCAAAGUGUCAAGAUCCUCCUGUUAAGAUAUUAAACAUUCUUUAUGCCUACUGAAGGGGAAUCCAAGAUGCUCAAUACUUUGUAAGAUCAGGUUCUAAAUGUGCCUGAAGUAUUUUCUUUAAAUGCCAAAUUGUUGUCCCUUUCAGACAAAAAAAGCUACAAGCUUGACACCUUAUUUAUAGGGCUAUCAGUGAUUUUAGCGUCUGCGCUUAACAGUUGGAGUUCAACUGUAGCUUGGAUAGAAUAGUUCCAACCUCGGUGGCACAUUAUGGUGUGAUUUUUAUCUAAUCCAUUAUGCAGGUUAGACCCAAAACACAGCUAAGUCUUUUUUAAGAUCUGGUUGAACACACUCAUGAAACUGUUAAAAGCCUGUGCAAUCAAAGCAUUUGAAAUGCCAUUGACUGUCUCAAGUGCAACAUCAAUCUAUCUAUAGGCACAGCUGAAACAACUGUACAUUUAACAUUGUAUUUAACAAUGAAAGUACAUCUGGUAGAAUACCUGUAUGUCACAUUUUCAAAAGUGAACCGGAAAUUUCCCUUUGAGCAAAGCCUGUGUUCAUUCACACAGUCAGCUAAAAGAAUUCUGCUUCGAUUCUUUUUGUUAAAUAAUCUGAAGCACUGAUUUUGGAGUGUGUGUGGAGAAUUGUCUCCCAUUUUGAGCUGAUGAAAUUCUGGACUGUGGAUUCCUCACACGACCCGCAGCAGUCUGACUCCUGUGGUCUUCACAGUCCUCAGAGGGCAUUUUCCAGCUGCCAUUGCUGUUGGCCCAAAGAAGAUUUAGAGGGCAGAAGAUGCAGGAUAUCACUUUGCAAAAUACGUGUAAAAGCAGGAUUUGGAACCUUUAAAUUUUACCUAGGAAAUCUGGUGCAAGCUUUCAUAGUUUCAUGUAUUAGAAAACCUGUUCUUUCAAACUACAUAAACAAAGCUUUAAGAGUCCAAAUAGUCAACUAUUUGUUUCUUUAAACAGAGGUUUCCAGAUUCAGAGUUUGAAGCAAGAUCCAUUAGACCUCUAAUCAGUUUUUAUGGUAGUCUUUGAGCAAACAAUAGCUUUUGCCAUAAUCAUAACUCAAUUCACAGUUUUCUUCAGGAUUGCAGUUUGAGUAACUGGUUGACAUGUGACAAUAGAAUUUCUCCGUGUUUUAAGGCAUGGUAAAAAUGUUUUCAUUAAAUGUUUCAUCAACUAGCUCUUAUUAGACCAUUUUUGAUCAAGAUGAUAUGUACAUGAAAUGUAUACAAAUACUUCAUAAUUUUAUCUUUUACUUAGAGGUCUUUAUCAUCUGAACACCAAGUUUAUUACAGUAAUGUUUAUUUAGAAUGUUUUACAAAGCUGAAAAGUUGUGUAAGAAUGUUCCUACAUGUAAUUAAGCACACACGUGAAGAUACAAAUCUCUUUGCUGAGUGUUAGAGACGAACAUUUUACAAAAAACAGGAAGAUAAACAGGACCAUGAAUUAAAUAUAAAAAAUAAGAAUAUCAAGUUUACUCCUUAUAUUUUAAUGCUAUUGACAUAAAAUAUAUAUACAUUUUUAAAAAGCACAAUUUUGUAAAUAGUAUCUGAAAAUCACAUUAAUCUGCAAACUCUUCUGAUCUUGAUAAGUAUAGUAUGACUGCUUGUAAGAGGUUUCUAUUUUUAGGUAAUUGGAAUUUCUUCUAUCAGAAUAUUGACAAAAGAAAUGGUGUAUUUUAAUUUAUCCUUCAUAAUAAGAAUAAAUUAU